CAAACCAAUCAAAAUACACAAGAAAAAGAAUAUUAGUUUAGCAAAUUUCAAGAGAACCCUAACAAUCAUGGGUUCUAAACUUGAAGCUUUGUUAUUCAUUUUUAUGAUUUUCAUGGCAAUAUCAUUGCCACCAAUUUAUGCUUGUGCACCUUGUACUCAGCCACAUCCACCAGGCCACCGUCCAACCCACCCAAAAGUUCCUCAUCCUAACCCACCAAGCACCAAGCACCCACCACACCACGGCGGCCACCCAAAACCACCUUCAACAAAAAACCCACCAGUGGUUUUGCCACCAAUAGUCAUUAAUCCUCCUCCUGUAGUAAACCCUCCUGUAAUAAUAACACCUCCUCCUGUAAUAACACCGCCGCCUUCUUCAGGUUACCCACCAUACACGCCUAGCCCUCCAUCUGGUGGUGGCGGAGGCGGCGGCGGUGGCGGAGGCGGUGGAGGAGGAGGAGGAGGAGGUGGUGGUGGUGGUGUUCCGGGGCUUAAUCCUCCACCUACUACUCAACCCACUUGUCCAAUCAACGCCCUUAAGCUAGGGGCUUGUGUUGAUGUAUUAGGAGGAUUAGUGCAUGUUGGAUUAGGGAAUCCAGUUGAGAAUGUUUGCUGCCCCGUAAUUAAAGGAUUGCUAGAGCUUGAAGCAGCAGUUUGUCUAUGCACAACUAUAAGGCUUAAGCUUCUUAAUAUCAACAUUUUCAUUCCUCUUGCUCUUCAAGUUUUAAUAACUUGUGGAAAGAAUCCACCUCCUGGUUUUGUGUGUCCUCCUCUUUGAAACAUUGUACUACUCCACCAAUAAGGUUAAUCUUAUGGGGUAAAUUCAUUUGUCCUUAGUUUUUGUGUUAGUUUCUUUCUUUUUGGUUAGUGUUAGUGUCUGUGACUUGAUCAUUUAGGGUUUGAUUCGCAGUGCCAAACAGUGAAUUAAAUUCCAUUCUAGGGUUAUACUUGAGGGAGUAAUUAAGUCAAGUGUUGUAUGAUGUUCAAGCAGUUGAGAUCUCUCUCUCAGAGACUUGCUCUUUUUCUUAUUAUUUAUUGAGAAACUUGCAUUUCAUUAUUUUGUUUAAA